AUGGAUGAACUCAAGGAGAAAUUGACUUUGUUAGAGAAAGGGAAAGAGAGCAGAUCUGCGCCAAGUCCCCCGCGAGAAGCGCCGCCCGGCUCGAAGCUGUUGAGCUCGGCGGCUAGGGCUUACCGCGGUGUCCCGACCGACGCCGCCUGUGCUGAUUUCGCUCGGGUGGAAGGGACGGACGGCUCCGCUCGUGGGGACGGAGAUGGGCAGUGUUGUAUUGGCGAUUCGGAGGAGGACGAUGCGAAGGAGGUGGGAGACGCCUCCUUGGCGGGAAGCGAUGUCGAUCGUCCUCCGGUUAGUGUCGACGAGGCGCGGCGACCGGUUGUGGAGGGAGGUAGAGCGACGGGGCAAAGGGAUGCCGGCCGAUUGCCGGCCGAUUCUAUCACCGCUCUUGAUUGGGCGUCCGAUAUUCCUUGUGAGGAUCCUAAAGGGAAAAGAAGGUUGCCGCUUCCACUGAUGGGAAGAAUUCCGCGAGUAUAUCCUAAUUUCAGUGAGCUCUUGGAUUCCCAGCUGGGUGAUGAGAGUUUCGACCCUGCUGCAGCGUUGGAGGCGGAGAACGAGAAGGCCAGGGGUUCACACAAUGAGGGAGAUGAUCCUCCGGUAGAAGAUUCAGCGGUAGAUGAGGCGGUUAACCGUGAUGUUGAUGUUGUUUCAAAGAAGAAAAAGAAGAAGAGUAGGUUGUCUAAAAGAACGAAGCCCGACUCUCCGGAGAUGGAAGUUGCCGCAGAUGAAGUUGUUCAUGAGGGUCCUUCAGGUGAUGCUACCGAAGGGAAUCGUGAGGUCGUGGAAGCAACGGGCUCGAUUGGCGAGGAUCGCACUGGUCCGUCAGCGAUGAAGAAGAAGAAGAGGCCGAUCGAUGAUCGCCCUAGCGACUCCGGGAGUAAGCGGUCGAAGGGUAAUGACGGGCGACCUGCCCCUCCUCCUCAGGAAGUUGCUGUGCCAGUCUCUCGUAACCUUCCUUGGAGUGGAUCGGGUCCACCAAACGGGAAGCCGCCGUUGGCCCAAUCAGAGCGUUGGAGCUUUCAUCACAAGGACGACACGGCUUUUGUCAAUGAUGAGGGGGCAUGCGCUGAGUUAUCCCGCCAUAUCCGGGGUGGCUCGAGCGAAAUGCCGGAGGUCGGCGAUCUUGCAUUCCCACGGUCGUUUGCUGAGUCGGCCCGCGCGGAUGCCGUGGCCUCUGCUCGUAAGAACUUCCUUGUCCUCGAGUGUGAGCUUGCUAUGCGGAAAAUGGCCUUGGAUCUUAGGAAGGCUGAGGCAACGAUCAAAACGCAAAAUGUGGAGUUGGAGAAGGCCCGGAAGAGUGCUUUGGAGAGGGCGAAGGAGAUGGCUGUGGAGCGGAGCCGGAUCCAGCGCGAGCGUAAGCAGGCUAUCGAGAAGGCCGAUGGUCUUGAGGAGGAUUUGGAGAACGCUCGAACUAAAAUUGCGCAGCUGGAGCGUGAGAAGGUCGAGGAAACCGAGAAGCAUAGGAGAUUGGUGGAUUUCAUGAAGCAGGGUCGCAUUCGUGAGGUUACAUCUGAGAGAGGCCGUCUUAUGACAGCCGCUGCCGCGCGCUUCAACAAAUUUCGGAAGUACAUGGCUGACCGAGACAAGCUUGAGACGAAGCUCUUUUUCCAUGCUCAGGCUUUGGGGACUUUGCAGUCGUUGGAUGUGCUAGAGAAGCGAGGUCAGCAAAUUCCACAGAGGAUGAGGGAUACUUUGACAUUUAAUGAGAAGAAGUUCAAGCGGGAGGUUGAGGAGGCCGAUGUUGAGGAAAUCACGGAGCGAGAUCUCUCUUUAUCUCCUCCCCGUUCCGGACCGUUUCAGGGCCUUGAUCAGUUCGGGACGAACUUGGGGUUGGUCGAUUCUACGACCGCGGUCUCCCUUCGUUCCCCGACGGCCGUCGUUGAGACUAUUACUGCUGUGUCGGAUUCGCGUGGUGUCGUCCGUUCGAUCGAUGCCGAUGCAGGAGGAGCACCAAACGAAGUUGCUGGAAUUGGCGAGGAGGUUCUAGUUGGGGAGAUGGGAGGCGCUGCCGAGGGAGUGAAGGUUUCUGCCGAGCGACCGGUCGCCGAUCCGGUUGAGCCGAGCGCUUGA